GUGCUGUCGAAGAGCGAGGACGAGGCCUGCAGGAAAGCCUCGCUGGUCGAUUGUUUUUGGUGGCCGCGCGCAGCUCCCAAUCAACAGUUUGCAGUGCGCCGGUCCCUCGCAGUGUGGAAGCGCUCUCUCUGCAGUUCCCGCUCGUGCUAUUUUCCUCUCAAGACGUCUCCUGUACGCCAUCACACACUCCAAUCCACAAUGAUUGACGAAGACUCCAUCUCGGUCGUGAUCACGGCCUCUAAGGAAGUCGAAGGCGGCGACACGCUCGAAAGCGGUGAAGGCAGCACCAAGCUCCACAACAAGCGCCAUAAAUACACUAUAUACACAGUAUUUGUGCGCAAUGUCACGACUGGAGGUAAAUGCGUCGUGCGGAGGCGCUACUCGGAUUUUUUCAAGUUGCGCAAGGAGCUCAUGGAGCUCGUGUGCUGGGGCCACUGUGGCUUUUGCGAGCAUUACGUGCAGCAGAUCGCUGACUAUCCGUUCCCGCGCCGAAGACUACUGCGCUCGAGCCGCAAGGCUGUGGUGAAGGAGCGUAUGGAUAGCCUCGGACUAUUUUUGAGGCACAUGCUGCUGUGCAUUAUGGCGCGCAGCUUCGAGAACUGCUCACAGGCUUGCCAGAACAUUGAGAACUGCAUCUUACAGUCCUUUUUACAAAUGGAUCAGACGGAAACGCUGUUUCCUACCAUGGCGUCCAAGCAGCGCCCCAUUGAGAUCCUGCAGGCCAUGGAGGUGAAACGCCAGCAGCAGAUUAAGGCCGCAGGACUCCGCACCAAGAGCCUGGCAUACACGACGCUGUCAGACCAGAGCGACCAUUCCAGAAUGUCACGUAACCAGCGCCAAGUAGGCACAGACACAUGCCAUCUCUGUCUUCAGAAGUGGACGCACUGUUAUUGCAACAGCGACCAGGACAGUCGUCCCAGUGUCUCGAUGAUUGACAGCGACACCAGUCGAUGCAGUCGCUGCGAGAACGAAUGGAACCACUGCUACUGCUGUCAACAAGUAUCUCCGACGGCUUCGUCGGUAUGUACGGACCGCUGA